AUGCCGUCGACCGGUCUCACAUGUAGAAAAUGUGAUCAAGAAUAUGACGGAUUGACUGCAGUUACAACCAACCCAGAAUUUGAUGCACCAAGUAAAGUAUCAAAUGAGAAAGAGUCCGCCCUUGUGCACACAAGAAACCAAGCCUGUAUACUGAGUCAAGAAAUGGCGAGUCAUGUUCGUUCAGAGAAUGGUCAGGCCUAUGGUACCUCAACUAAUGGGAAGACCAGCCAUACCAAAGGAACGGCCACCAUUAUUCAGUUAGAAAGUGACCAAGAUUGUGAAACACCAUCCCAAAGAAGGGCCAGCCCCGCUCACCUAGAAAGUGACCAAGUUUGUGAAUCACCAAUCCAAAAUAUGGAAAACCGCGCUCAAGCAGAAAGUUGCCAAGUUUGUGAAUCACCGAUUCAAAGAAUGGACAACUCCAUUCACCAAACAAGUGCCCAAGUUUGUGAAUCACCAAUGCAAAAAAUGGAAAGCCGCGCUCGACCAGAAAGUUGCCAAGUUUGUGAAUCACCAAUUCAAAGAAUGGAUAUCCUCGUUCAUCAAGCAAGUGCCCAAGUUUGUGAAUCACCAAUCAAAAAAAUGGAAAGCCGCGCUCGACCAAAAAGAUGCCAGGUUUGUGAAUCAACGAUUCAAAGAAUGGACAACCCCAUUCACCAAGCAAGUGCCCAAGUUUGUGAAUCACCAAUCCAAAAAAUGGAAAGCCGCGCUCGACCAGAAAGUUGUCAAGUUUGUGAAUCACCGAUUCAAAGAAUGGACAACCCCAUUUACCAAGCAAGUGCCCAAGUUUGUGAAUCACCAAUCCAAAAAAUGGAAAGCCGCGCUCGACCAAAAAGUUGCCAAGUUUGUGAAUCACCGAUUCAAAGAAUGGACAACCCCAUUCACCAAGCAAGUGCCCAAGUUUGCGAGUCACCAAUACAAAAUAUGGACAGCCAUGUUCAACCAGUAAGCGCCCAAGUUUAUGAAUCACAAACCCAAAGAAUGAACAGCCCCACUCAUAAAGAUAGUGCCAAGGUUUGUGAAUUACCAAUCAAAAGAAUAGACAGCCACGUUCACCCAGACAGUGUCCAGGCUUGUGAAUCACCAAUCAAAAGAAUGGACAGCCUUGUUCAUCUAGAAAGUGCCCAAGUUUGUGAAUCACUAAAAAUGGACCACCUCGCUCAACCCCAAAGUUCCCAGGCUGGUGAAUUGCAAAUCCAAAGAAUGGACAUUUAUAACCACCAAGAAAGUAGCCAGGUUUGUGAAUCACAAAUCCAAAGAAUGGGUAGCCCCGCUCACCCAAAGAGUCCCCAAGUUGCUGGAUCUAUAAUCCAAAGAAUGGACAGCGUCCACCCAGAAAGUGGUCAGGUUUGUGAAUCACCAAUCAAAAGAAUAGACAGUCCCGCUAAACUAGAAUGUGCCCAAGUUGGUGGUUCACCAAUCCCUAGAAUGGAUGACCCUGCUCACCCAGAAAGUAAACAAGUUUGUGAAUCAUUAAUUAAAAGAAUAGAUAGCCCCCCUCACCAAGAAAGUGUCGAGGUUUCUGAAUCCCGAAUCCAAAGAAAAGACAUGCCCACUCACCAAGAAAGUGGCCAAGUCUGUGAAUCACCAAUCAAAAGAAUGGACUGUCCCGCUCAGGAAGAUAGUGGCCAAGUUUGUGAUUCACCAAUCCAAAGAAUUAACAGCCCCGCUCACCAAGACAGUGGCAAAGUUUGUGAAUUACCAAUCCAAAGAAGGGCCAGCCCCGCUCACCUAGAAAGUGACCAAGUUUGUGAAUCACCAAUCCAAAAAAUGGAAAGCCACGCUCGACCAGAAAGUUGCCAAGUUUGUCAAUCACCGAUUCAAAGAAUGGACAACCUCAUUCACCAAGCAAGUGCCCAAGUUUGUGAAUCACCAAUGCAAAGAAUGGAAAGCCGCGCUCGACCAGAAAGUUGCCAAGUUUGUGAAUCACCGAUUCAAAGAAAGGACAACCCCAUUCACCAAGCAAGUGCCCAAGUUUGUGAAUCACCAAUCCAAAAAAUGGAAAGUCGCGCCCGACCAGAAAGUUGCCAACUUCGUGAAUCGCCAAUCCAAAGAAUGGACAACAGUGCUCACCAAGAGAGUAGCCAAGUUUGUGAAUCACCAAUCCCAAGAAUUUACAGCCCCGCUCACCAAGACAGUGGCCAAGUUUGUGAGUCACCAAUACAAAGAAUGAACUACCCUACUCAUCCAGAAAGUGGCAAAGUUUGUGAAUCACCAAUCCAAAAUAUGGACAGCUACGUCCACCCAGAAAGUGGCAAAGUUUAUGAAUCACCAAUCCAAAGAAUGGACAACCCCACUCACCUAGAAAUUGAACAAGUUUGUGAAUCACCAAUAUCAAGGAUUGACAGCCCCGCUCACCAAUAUAGUCGCCAAGUUUGUGAGUCACCAAUCCAAAGAAUGGACAGCCCCGGUCAUCAAGAGAGUACCCGAGUUCGUGAAUCACCAAUCCAAAGAAUGGACAACCGAGCUGACCAAGAGAGUGGCCAAGUCUGUGAAUUACCGAUCCAAAGAAUGGACAGACCCGCUCACCUAGAAAUUGACCAAGUUUGUGAAUCACCAGUCCAAAGAAUGGACAGCCCCGCUCAACUAGAACGUGGCCAACUUUUUGAAUCACUUAUACAAAGAAUGGACAGACCCGCUCACCAAGAUAGUGGCCAAGUUUGUCAGUCACCAAUACAAAGAAUGAACUACCCUAUUCAUCCAGAAAGUGGCAAAGGUUGUGAAUCACCAAUCCAAAGAAUGUACAGCCCAGCUCAACAAGAAAGUGGCCAAUUUUCUGAAUCACCAAUACAAGGAAUGGACAAUCCCGCUCACCCAGAGAGUACCCGAGUUCGUGAAUCAACAAUCCAAAGAAUGGACAGACCCGCUCACCUAGAAAUUGAACAAGUUUGUGAAUCACCAAUUCCAAGGAUUGACAGCCCCGCUCACCAAUAUAGUCGCCAAGUUUGUGAGUCACCAAUCCAAAGAAUGGACAGCCUCGCUCACCCAGAGAGUACCCGAGUUCGUGAAUCAACAAUCCAAAGAAUCGACAACCGAGCUCACCAAGAGAGUACCCGAGUUCAUGAAUCAACAAUCCAAAGAAUCGACAACCGAGCUCACCAAGAGAGUGGCCAAGUCUGUGAAUUACCAAUCCAAAGAAUGGACAACCCCGCUCACCCAGAGAGUACCCGAGUUCGUGAAUCACCAAUCCAAAGAAUGGACAGACCCACUCACCAAGAUAGUGGGCAAGUUUAUGAAUCACCAAUUCAAAGAAUUGACAGCCCCGGGCACCCAGAAAAUAACCAAGUUUGUGAAACACCAAAUUCAAGGAUUGACAGCCCCGCUCACCAAUAUAGUCGUCAAGUUUGUGAGUCACCAAUCCAAAGAAUGAACAACCCCACUCAUCUAGAAAGUGGCCAAGUAUGUGAAUCACCAAUCCAAAGAACGGACAGCCACGUCCACCCAGAAAGUGGCAAAGUUUGUGAAUCACCAAUCCAAAGAAUGGACAACCCCACUCACCCAGAAAAAGCCCAAGUUUCUGAAUCACCAAUCCAGAGAAUAGACAACCCCGCUCAUCUAGAAGGUGCCCAAGUUGGUGGGUCACCAAUCCCUAGAAUGGAUGGCCCUGCUCACCCGGAAAGUGAACAAGUUUGUGAAUCACUAAUCAAAAGAAUGGAUAGGCCCGCUCACUCAAAAAGUGCCCAAGUUUUUGAAUCACCAAUCCAAAGAAUAGACAAGUCCGCUCACCCAGAAAGUGGCCAAGUGUCUGAAUCACCAAUCCAAAGAAUGGUCAGCCCCGCUCACCCACAAAAUGGCCAAGUUUUACAAUCACGAGUCCAAAAAAUGGACAGACCCACUCACAAAGAAAGUGACAGCGGUGUUCACACAAAAAGCCAGAAGCACGAUACAACAACCUGGAGAACCGUCAGCACUUUUCACCCACAACCUGGUCAAGAUUGUAAAACACUAGCACAACAAGGAACGACCAGAAAUAUGUACAAUGUUGAAACACGGGAUUUGGGCGUCACGGUAGAAAGAGCUUCCCAAGCAGGUUUUCAUUAUUACAUUCUUGUUUCCUAG